AUGGACGAGGAAUACGAUGCAGUCGUCCUUGGGACAGGUCUCAAGGAAUGCAUACUCUCUGGCAUGCUGUCAGUAUCAGGCAAGAAAAUCCUUCACAUCGACAGAAACGAUUAUUACGGAGGCGAAUCAGCUUCAAUAACACCGUUGGAGCAGUUGUAUGAGAAAUUUCUUGGGCGGAAUUCGAAACCUUCUUCGGAUAUGGGAAGAGGAAGAGACUGGAAUGUCGAUUUGAUUCCGAAAUUUCUCAUGGCGAAUGGGUCUCUUGUUAAGCUUCUGAUUCAUACCGGCGUAACUCGCUACUUGGAAUUCAAAUCCAUUGAAGGCUCGUAUGUGUACAAGGGUGGCAAGGUGUUUAAAGUCCCAGCCGAUGAAAUGGAGGCUUUAGCUACUAAUUUGAUGGGAAUGUUCGAAAAAAGGCGCUUUAAGAAAUUCCUUGUUUGGGUGCAGAACUUUGAUAUCAAAAACCCUGCAACCUACGACGGUCUCGAUCCCGAUGUGCACACAAUGCAGCAGGUGUAUGAGAAAUUUGGUUUGGAUGAAAAUACGGCAGAUUUUACUGGCCAUGCAUUGGCGCUGUAUCGCGAUGACAAUUACAAGAAUGAAUUGUUUGUGCCGACCGCCGAAAGGAUUCGUUUAUAUUCCGAUUCCCUUGCACGAUAUGGUAAAUCACCAUAUUUGUAUCCAUUGUAUGGCUUGGGUGAGCUGCCACAAGGAUUCGCUCGGCUGAGUGCGAUAUACGGUGGUACGUACAUGCUGGAUAAACCAGUCGAUUCUAUCGUUUAUGAAAAUGGCAGAGUUGUUGGCGUAAAAAGCGGCAACGAUAUUGCAAAGUGCAAGCAGGCAAAUCUCAAAAUAAUUAGCUACAAGGCAAGCAAAUGGGUAUUACAGGUGUAUUGCGACCCUUCGUAUGUUCCCGACAAAGUGAGGAAAGUUGGGCAAGUAGUUCGUGCAAUUUGCCUUCUGAAUCACACAAUACCAAAUACAAACGAUGCGCAGAGCUGUCAAAUUAUCAUCCCACAAAAACAAGUCGGACGACAUUCAGAUAUUUACAUUUCGCUGGUUUCUAACGUCAAUAUGGUGGCCCCAAAAGGAUGGUAUAUCGCUAUGGUCUCAACUACAGUGGAAACGGCAAGCCCUGAAGCCGAGAUUAUUCCAGGAUUAAACCUCUUGGGUCCAAUAUCGGAGAAGUAA